AUGGCCAUGCAAACUGUAGCUCCACCUUCUGCUCAAGUCGUUGGAAAUGCUUUUGUUGAGCAGUAUUAUCAAAUUCAGCAUCACUCCCCUGAGUCAGUGUACCGAUUCUACCAGGAUUCAAGUGUCUUGAGUCGCCCAGAUGCUAAUGGCGUGAUGACAUCAGUGACAACAAUGAAAAAUAUCAACACUUUGAUAUGUUCAUUGGACUACAAGAACUACAAGGCCGAAAUAAGGACUGCAGAUGCACAAGAUUCCUUCAAGGAUGGGGUGGUUGUUUUGGUGACUGGAUGCUUAACUGGAAGGGAUAAGUUAAAAAGGAAAUUCGCCCAGACAUUUUUCCUUGCUCCGCAGGACAAGGGUUAUUUUGUGUUGAAUGAUGUUUUUAGGUAUGUUGAAGAUAAUGAGAUUGAUACCGUCUCAGAAGUGCUUAAUGGAACUGAGGAUGUGCAGUCAGAGGUUCUGACCCCUGAUCCAGAACCUACUCAUGUGGUUGAUCCUCCAAAUCUCGACCAAGAUGGCUCACCUGCAGAAGAAGUUCAACAUGUUGAGGAAAAAACCAAUGACUCUUCGGUAGAUGGGAGGCAAGUUGCUGAUGAAAGAGAGAUUGUUGUGGAAAUUGGAUCCUAUUUCAACGAGGACCAGCACCCUACAAAUACAGAAUCAGCUAAUUCUGUUGCCCAAGAGGAUGCUCCAAAGAAGUCGUAUGCAUCAAUUGUCAGUUCACAAACAAAGAAAGGGCCAACCAAAAUCUAUGUACCCACCAAUACUUCUAGAGUUGCUCCUCCGAAGGCUGUAAAGCACCCGAUUGCUGCAGUAGCACAAAAUGCAGCUCCUGAAUCAUCAAAUUCUACUACCACUAGUGGAAUCGCUGUACCUGAAGCUAAUGAUGCUGAAGAUGAAGCUGAGGGAUACUCUAUUUAUGUCCGAAAUUUGCCUCUAGAUGUUAUUGUAGCCCAACUUGAAGCUGAAUUUAAAACAUAUGGGCCUAUUAAUCAAGGAGGUGUACAAGUUAGAAGCAAUAGGCAACAAGGAUUCUGCUUUGGCUUUGUUGAAUUUGAAGAUAUGAGCUCCAUGAACAAUGCCAUACAUGCUUCUCCCAUUAUCAAGGGGACUCGUCAAGCUGUAAUAGAGAUGAAGAGAACAACAACUAGAGUUGGUAGCGUUAGAGGCUGUUUCUCUCCUAGAAGAGGAGUAUUCCGAAAUAUCAAUUUCAGGGUCCGCGGAAACUUUGGUGGAGGUCGGAGCUAUGGGAGAAGUGAAUUUGGAGGACGCGAUUUUUCAUAG